AUGGAGACGUCCAUCGAACAGACGCACAAAAAGCGCUCACCUGGCAAAUCCUUAAUCUCUUCAGCCUGGCGCCGCCUAAAACCAAACCGAUUGUUCCUACGCCUUGAAGAGAGUGUGGAGGGAUUUGAAAAGCUCGGGUUCUUUUCAGAACGGGCAGUAGGGGUUGAGGGUUGCGCAAGAUCACCAGUGUCGCCCGAAGGCGCUGCCGGCGUCUCGGCUGCAUUUGCGGCCAUUGUACCGGGUAGUCCCGCUGAAGUCGGAGGCAUAACUGCUUCUGCGAUCAGCAGCAACUGCUUGGACUGCGUGCCCAACAUGUCGGGCCUGCACGAGACACGGUGUUCUGGCGUUGCCCACUUUCUCGGUUGCGCUGCUCUAGCUGCUGCGGGGUUUCAGUCUGCUCGACUACCACCACCUUGUACCCCCUUGCAACGCAGGCAGACGCGUAAAUAUGUAAACUCUUCUCGGGGAAGCCCACGUGCGGCUUGGCCUCAGAGCCCAUCCAACGCAAGUUACAAAUCUCCUGUAUGA